GGUAGAACUAGUCCAGGCUGAGAAGAAUAGAGCUCCGCCAGACUGCUGCUGACGUGUCUACGGUGGAAACACGUCACCGAACUACCACAGCGAACUCAUAGCAGGUAUGCCCACUGCACAGAGAGAGCGAGGCCGGGCACUGCACUCGUCAUUCAUCGCAUUUGCCCUGCUGCGUGUUGCCAGGCGCCUCGCCCUGCUGCUGCGGCAAGUCGCCUCUGACCUGACGGCAUAGCAUAGCACAGAGUAGACAGAACACAGCCUACCGUCAUGGCAGGCCUGAUUCGCUGCCUGAAGCGCAAGGAGCCGCCCUGCAGCUCGGCUGAUGACGACGGCAACACAUGCGUCGUGUGUUUCAGAAAGUGGGAGAUCGAGGGCGACCAGAUGCCGAUGAACCUCGGCAAAUGCGGUGAGAGGGCGGACACACACGUCAGUCAACACAGAUACAUGCUGUGCAAUGCGUUUCCUCUCCUCUUCGUUUGUCUGUUGAUGUGAUGGAUGCAGGUCACGCACUGUGCAACGAGGUGAGGCCACACCACACAUACGGUGUGAGGCCGCCAGUGCAGUGCGGGUGUGUGCGCUUGUGCAGUGUGUGCGACGAUGCGAGCAACCCAAUGGAAGCGUCAAAUGCCCUACCUGCAGGUAGCCGAAGUGACUGACACACGAAUGACAUAUGCUCACUCACAGCCACUUCCUCACUCUCUCUGUCUGUGUCAUGCGACGCAGGGUGGUUUGCACGGCGGCCUGCAUCACCAAGUCCUGGAGCAUGAUCAAGCUGCUCGAGUAUCAGCAGAAGAAGGAAGCAUCCACACGCAUCAACAAGCUACUGGUGCGCACACACGCUUUCACACACACACACGAGCCGGCCGAUGGAUGGGUACUGUCGGUCACUGCGACUGGCGGCGGGAGUCUGCCACACACAGAGUAGUCUUGCUGCUGCAGGACCUCCUGCCGGUUCUGAGGCGAUACCUCAACGACGCCACGGCCCUCCUAUGCGACACUGCCAUCACAUUCCUCGUUCCAAAGGUGGACAAGUUGGAGGGGCGGGGACCAUUAGGCAUGGAUGGAUGGAUGAUCUCUGGUGCAUGUGGUGCAAUUGGUUGUGUGCAGGUGUGUGUGCCUCUGGGCAGCUCGCUGACCGAGUCCGAGUUCAAGGGUCUCCGCGGCCUGAUCGGCGGCCAGGUCAAGCUCAAGUCCAUCUACCGGUACGCAGAGCACACACAUUCCAUACGUCCACUGCACCACCGGAUGUGUGUCGUUUGUGGUGCAGCACGUCUCUCCACGGCUCGGCGCAUCGCAAUGUGCUGCGGUGUGUGGGCGACAAGAGGGGCCUGGCGUUCGUCAUCCGCAAGAACCAGUACGUCUUCGGCGCCUUCAUCAGUGACGGCCUUCAGGAGCCCACACGUCCCGAGUAGUGGCCGACCAGAUGGUACAGGUGUGACGUGUGGGAUUUCUCGCUGGCCGGCCACUUCCCCCAGCCGACCAAGAUCGAGAUCAGC